AGCGUAAAUAAAAAUGAAGAUAGUGAAAACGUAUUAUUCGAACUUUAAAAAUGGGACAGCCACAUGUAAUUUGUGCCUUAAAGUAAUAAAAACAAGUGGUAACACAACAAAUAUGGCAUCGCAUAUGAAAAACAAGCACUAUGAUGUUUUUGCAAAGUGCAACCAAAACAACGUUUCGAACAACUCUGGAGAAAACCAAACAGUGCAACAAUCUUUCAGAAACAGAGAUUGUUCACCAGAUCCUGGUAUAUAUGCCUCGAAGCCCUAUUUUGAGUCAGUAAUGCUAUUGAAAGACGACAUGAAGCCCAAGCAAUCGCUCGGCAAUUUGGAUACCAGCCGCUCCAAUAAAAGGUUGAGUGUUGCGGAGUUUGAAGAUUCGGUAGACUCUGUAUUGCCUCAAAGCUUGGAUGAACAGUGCAAUGAAGAAGAUGCUUUUACAGAAAGAAAGAAAAAAACAACAAAGACCGACGAUGACUUGUCUUUUUUUGAGAGCCUUCUGCCUUAUAUGAAAAGGAUGGACAUGAAAAAAAAAUUGCUUUGCAGAAUGGAAAUUCAAAAGGUUGUUCUUUCCCAUUUUGGAGAGAAAUGAUGCAGAAGAAAAACUCAAUAAAAUUCAAAAUAUUUGUUAAAAA